AUGCGGUUCUUCCGUCUUUUUGCUGUCGCGAUCUCGCUGUUCUUUUGUGCAUUGGCUACCGACAAUGGCCUUCAAACGGACGUGGAGUGGGAUAAUGGAUCGCUCAUGGUCAAUGGCGAGCGUGUAAUGAUUAUGAGUGGAGAAUUCCACUACGCUCGUCUCCCCGUUCCAGAGCUAUGGUUCGACGUCUUCCAGAAGUUCAAGGCGAAUGGCAUGAAUGCUGUCUCGAUCUACUUCUUCUGGUCGUAUCAUUCGGCAUCGAAAGGUGUGUACGAUUUCACGACACCCGGAAAGGACAUUCAGCGCCUGUUUGACAUGGCCAAAGAAGCCGGCCUCUACGUGAUUGCACGGCCAGGGCCCUACUGCAACGCCGAGACUAACGGUGGUGGUUUCGCGCUUUGGACCAGCGACGGGAGUGGUGGCAAGUACAGAACAUCAGAUGAGACCUAUCGGCAAGCAUGGUCGGAAUGGAUUGCUCAAGUUGGCAAGAUCAUUGCGAAGAACCAGAUCACCAAUGGUGGACCAGUCAUCCUAGCGCAAGUCGAGAACGAACUCCAGCAAACUCGUUAUGAGGCCGACAACACAUUGGUCAUUUACAUGGAACAACUGAAGACCGCCUUCAAAGAUGCAGGCAUCAUCGUACCUUUGUCACACAACGAAAAGGGCUUCAGAUCGAAGAGUUGGUCCACUGAUUACAAUAAUGUCGGUGGCGCGAUCAAUGUUUAUGGGCUGGACAGCUAUCCCGGUGGCAUGAGCUGCACAAAUCUCGACACUGGAUUCAACCUGCCGAGAACGUACUACCAGUGGUUUCAGGAGGUCUCCCCCACUCAACCUGAAUAUCUCCCCGAGUUCGAGGGAGGAUGGUUCCAACCUUGGGGCGGUUACUUCUUCGAUCAGUGCUUGGCUGAACAGAGCCCUGAAUUUGCGGAUGUUUUCUACAAAGGACUAAUCGGACAGCGCGCUAGUCUUUUGAAUCUGUACAUGGCCUAUGGAGGUACAAACUGGGGACAUAGUGCCGCCCCCGUAGUAUACACCUCCUACGACUACGAUGCACCACUACGCGAGACCAGGGAGGUACGCGACAAGUUCAAGCAGUACAAGCUUCUUGCCCUCUUUACCCGUGUUAGUAAAGGUCUGCACAACACCUUCAUGGAAAAUAACGGCACCGCAAAUGCAGUCGACAAUUCAGCCAUCUGGACCUGGCAACUCAAGAACCGCGAUACAGAGAGUAGAUUCUACCUCGCCGAGAACAACAACACGCGCACCCGUGCUGUGACUGAUUUCUCGAUGACGGUCAAGACAUCUGAAGGCGAUGUCAAGAUUCCGAGCUUACAGCUUGCGGGUCGACAAAGUCGAUGGGUAAUUACAGAUUACUCUGUGGGUAAUGAGACGCUACUUUACUCGUCGGCUGAGAUCGCGACCUACGGUUUGUUCAAUCGACCUGUCAUCGUCUUCUACACACGCGAAGGACAGGCGGGAGAAUUUGCUUUUAAAUCGCAGAGCAACCUGACCUUCAGAACGUACGGCGCGAAAUCAGACAUUGCAAGCGCAUCGUCGAACAGCACAUACUCAAGCUUUUCUUACACCCAAAGCAAUGGGGCGACGGUUGUAGAGUUCUCGAAUGGAGUGCUUGCUUACUUGCUCGAUAUACCAACUGCGUACACCUUUUUCGCGCCAGCAACGACUAAUGAUCCGAAUGUCACUCCCGAGCACCAGAUCUUCGUGCAAGGACCAUAUCUAGUUCGCUCAGCUAGCAUAUCAGGUGGCGCAGUUUCUGUUAUUGGCGAUAAUGCGAAUGCGACGACCAUCGAGGUAUACGCCGGCUCUGGUGCGGAUACAAUAUCCUGGAAUGGAAAGGAGCUCGCUACAACAAAGACGCCCUACGGCUCCCUCACUGCCGCCAUUAAUGGUACCAAGGACCGCGACAUCACUCUUCCAGAGCUUUCAAACUUCAGAGCGGCUGAAUCCUCCCCCGAGAUCCAACCCUCAUACGACGACAGCAAUUGGGUAGUCGCCGACAAGAACACCACACUAAGCCCUGUGAAGCCCCUAACUCUUCCUGUACUCUUCAGCAGUGACUACAAGUACUACACUGGGGCCAAAAUCUAUCGCGGAUACUUCUCAGGCAAAUCUGCAACAUCCCUCAACAUCACAGUUCAGGGUGGUGUGGCUGCGGGAUGGAACGCAUGGCUGAAUGGGAAGUCGAUUGGUUACCAUCCUGGUAACGCGUCGCAAACUUCGACGACCGCAUUGCUGUCUUUCAAAAACAUCACAUUGAAGGAUGAAGGCAAUGUUUUGACAGUAACAACGGACUAUACUGGCCACGACCAGACAUCCACAGGCCCAGCCGGCGCAGAAAAUCCUCGUGGUAUACUCGGUGCACAGCUCCUCAGCGGCAACGAUACCAAGCUAUCCUUCGACGAAUGGAAGAUCCAAGGUAACGCGGGCGGAGAGCGUAACAUCGACCCUGUUCGCGGCCCCAUGAAUGAAGGCGGUCUCUACGGUGAGCGUCUUGGGUGGCAUCUUCCCGGUUUCGAUACCUCCUCCUGGGAGGAUGCUAGCCCCACCACUGACGGCGUCCAAGGCGCCGCCAUCCGCUGGUUUACGACGACAUUCUCACUUUCUAUCGACUCCGAUCUCGAUGUCCCUGUCGGCAUCGAAGUCGGGGCGCCGAAAGGUACCAUUGCCCGUAUGCUUCUCUUCGUCAACGGGUAUCAGUACGGCAAAUAUGUUCCGCACAUUGGACCACAGACACGAUUCCCUAUUCCUCCUGGCAUCCUCAAUAUGAAGGGCGAGAAUGUUUUGAGCGUGGCGAUGUGGGCGCAGACUGAGGCUGGAGCGAAGUUGGACACGCUGAAGUUGGUUGAGUAUGCUAGGUAUGAGAGUGGCUUCGCCUUUGCAAGCAUCGAUGGAAAGGCGUUGCAGGAUCGAUGGGAGGAUAGGAGUCAAUACGCAUAA